CGAAUCGGGCAAAGUAUUUAAGUGAAUGUGAAUUCAUUUCAAAGAUCAGUUCAGUUGCAAGUGUCCAAAGAGACUAAGAGAAAAUCAACAAAAGUUGUAAACAAGGAGAUUAAACAACUAAAUUUACCUUAAUUUUUCUGUUCCAAUUUAAACUGUUCAAUUGAUUAUUUUCCAUUUGUGUUUUUCUUCAAGUGUUUAAUUGAUCACAAAAUAAAAUCAACGAUGAACAAACAAUUGUUGUUCGUUUUGUUUGCCACUUCUGUUCUCUUGUGUUGCCAAUAUGUUCGAGCCGAGGAAGAAUUUGAAGACAACGAAGAAUCUUUCGAUUCUGAUGAUACUGUUCUCGAAAGAGAGAGACGAGACAUUUCCGCUGAUUUAGAAGGAGCCGAAUCGGGAAUCGGUGGUGCCGGUGGUGCAGGUCUCGCUGGCUUCAAGAAAGGUGCCGCUGGUAGUGGUGCUGCUGGAUUCAAGGCUGGAAAGGCUGGAAAAGCUGCUUAUGCUGCUGGUGCCAAAGGUGCCAAAGGUGGUGCUGCCUAUGGAGCUGCUGGUGCCGCUGGUGGAAAGAAAGGAGCUGCAGUGAAAAAAGGAUUCGCUGCUGGUGCUUUCGGUAAGAAAUUCGGAAAGAAAGGAGGAUUCGUCAAAGCCGGAGGUGCAGGUUACAACAAGAAAAUCGGAGUCAUCAAGAAGUUCGGUGUUAGCCAAGGUUUCAAAUUCGGAAAGGCCGCUGGUUAUGGUGCUGCUGGUGGUGCUGUUGGUGGUAAAGCAGUUAAGGCUGGUUUCGCUGGAGCUGCUGGUGCCGCUGGUUUCAAGAAAGGUGCUGCUGGUGGUAAGAAAGGAUUCGCCGCUGGUGCCGCUGGAUCAGCCGGUGGUAAGGCUGGUGCUGCAGGAGCUGCAGGUUUCAAGAAGGCCGCUGGAGCUGCUGGAGCAGCCGGAGUUAAGAAAGGCUUCGGAGCUGGUGGUCUUGGAUUCGGUCGAUAAACUAUCCCCCUCAUUUAAUCACAUCGCCCUGACUAUUAAGUUUCUUUUAAUAUUAUCAACAAUUUAUGGUUGAUCAUUAAUAAGGAACAAAAAAUGUUGAUCAAAAUCAAACUCAAAUGAAGGUAAAAGUAAUUCAAACUUUUCUUCCUUCAUCAUAAUCAUCAUCAUCAACCUUUAGAAUUAGAAUUAAGUUGAACGAGAAACAAAAAAACGACAAAAUUAGAAAAAGUUUCGCCAUAAAAAUAUCAACAAUUUAGGAUCAACAGCAACAAUUUAACUCUAACAAUAAUUCAAAUCCAAUAACAACAGAUUCAUUAUUUUUGUACAUCCGCUUUCAAUUGAUCUGAUGAAUGUAAAUUAAUUUACUUUUUUACUUUCUAAAGUCUCAUUAACGUAUCUUAAUCUUAUUUCCAUAAUAAUACAAAUUCCCGGUUCUGUUAAUUGUGAUAACCUUUUCCGGUUUCCCGAUCUCUUUCAUUUCUCUCUCUCUCUUUCUCCCAAUUCAAAUUUCGAAACAAUUAUAAUUAACCAACAGGUUUCACGGUUCCAUGAAUUGUCUUAAUAGGCCUUCUCAUUUUCUCUCAAGGAUAAAUCAUAUCAAUUACCAUAAAUAUGAUCAGUUAAUCAACUAAAUUGUGAAAAUUGUACAAUCGAUUUAAAUUUUGUCUCUUCAAAUUGAACGAAACGGAUUCUUGUUUUCUAUUGGAAUUGUAUAGACUUUUUACUUCUUCUCAAUUAAUAAACAAUUUUCUAAUAUUUAAUUAAA